GUCGUCGUUGUGUGUAGGUGCGAAAUGAAGGGCUUUCCCUCUGUUUACUCUCUCUCUCUCUCUCUGCUAAUUCUGAUAAUGGAUCUCUAACCAAGCUUCAUCUCUUUCACUUUUUUCCUUCUCUUUCUGGGUUCCACGCCACAAAACGCUGCGUUUCAUUCCGACCUAAACUUCCCACUUUCCGGGUAGAUUGCGUCAAUUUCAGAAUUCCCAGAUCUUCUUUCUGCCAUUAACACGAGGUAGCUUUCAGUGAUUUUUGUUUUUUAUUUGAUUUAAUUUGGAUCUCGAGGGUUGGAACUGUAGGAAGUGAAAUCUGGAAUUUGGGGGAAAAUAAUUGAAUUAUUCCGGUGAAUUGAUUUGGGGGGUUUUGUUGUGAUGGCUUCGAAUCCUCCAUUUCAUGUGGAGGAUCAGACGGAUGAGGAUUUUUUUGAUAAAUUGGUUGAGGAGGAUAUGAGUCCUGUCAAAUCUGGAAGCAAUGACUCUGAUGAUGUCAAGGCUUUCGCCAAUUUGGGUAUCGGGAAUGAUGCUGAUGCUGAUGCUGAUGCUGAUGCUGAUGCUGGUGCCGAUGCGGCAUUUGAUCAUUCGGGUGGUGGAGGAAGUGGGGUGGAGUUGAAAGGGGAGGAGGAGGAAGAUGGUGCUGUGAAAUUGGAUGGUGGGAAUUCACAAGAGGGGGGGAGUUUUUUGGUGUCGUCUAGUGAAUCAGGAUGUGAUAGUGUGAUGGAUCGCGGUGGUGAUAAUGCGGUGGGGUCGGAGGUCGGGCCAGAUUUGAGCGUGGGCAAGAGCAAUGGAAUGCAUAAUUCGGGGAUUAAGGUGGUUGAUUGGAAUGCGUUUAAUGCUGCUGAUUCAAAUGGUGGUACUGGGUUUGGAUCGUAUUCUGACUUUUUCACCGAGUUUGAAGAUCAAUCUGGGAAAGGAUUUCAUGAUUCUAAUAAGACUGAGGUGAAACCUGGAAAUGAAAUUGCAAACGAUAGCUUAGAUGCUUCAGCUAAUUAUGUGCAAUAUCAAGAUGGUCAAGGUUAUGAUGCAUCUACAGGAAAUGGGAUUAGUGAGCAACAAGAUCCGAAUAGCAGUCAGUAUUGGGAGAGUCUAUAUCCUGGUUGGAAGUAUGACCACAACACGGGGCAAUGGUAUCAAGUAGAUGACCCUAAUGCAACAGCCACUACUCAGGGUGGCUCUGAUGCCAGUACAGGUGUCGGUUGGACUGCUUCUGCUGAUGCCAGUACAGGUGUCGGUUGGACUGCGGCUGCUGAUGCUAAAGCGGAGGUCUCCUAUCUGCAGCAAACUCCUCAGUCUGUUGCGGGAACUUUAGCUGAAACUGGCACAACUGAAAGUGUAUCUAGCUGGAAUCAGGUUUCACAAGGGAAUAAUGGGUAUCCUGAGCAUAUGGUUUUCGAUCCUCAGUAUCCGGGUUGGUAUUAUGACACAAUUGCCCAAGAAUGGCGCUCGUUAGAGACUUACAAUUCAUCAAUUCAAUCUGCUACUCAGGGACUUCAAAAUGGUAAUGCUUCUACCAGUUCUUUUGCACAUAAUGGUAACAAUUUCUAUGGAGAGUAUGGCCAAGCCGGAAAUUAUGAGCCACAGGGCAUUAGUAGUCAAGCUGCAAAUGAUAGCUGGGGUGGUUCUUAUGGUAUUAGUCAUCAGCAGGGUUUGGAAACAUCCACAACUCAGUCUGCUAUUAGAAGUGGGGACAGUGCAACUUCGGGUGGAAACCAGCAAUAUGAUCAUCCUUUUGGUUCAAGUAUUUCUUUCAACAGGGAUCAACAAAAUACUUCAAGCUCCUUUGGGUCAGUUCCAUCGUACAAUAAAGCAAACCCCGACCAUGGGUUGGCUAAUGGAACUCUUGAAGUGCAAAACUUUGCUCCGAGUGGGAACUAUGGUCAACAUUUUAAUUAUUCGAACACACAGUUUGAUGAACAAAAAAAAUUCUCAAAUGAUUAUGCUGAUAGUCAGAAGCCUCUCAGUUACUCCCGGCAAUCAUUCCAGGGUGGGCAUCAGCAAUCAUACGCCCCUAAUGUUGGAAGAUCAUCAGCUGGACGUCCUCCUCAUGCCUUAGUAACCUUUGGCUUUGGUGGAAAACUCAUUGUAAUGAAAGAUUCUAAUCUGUUGAGCUCACCAUAUGAAAGUCAGAGUUCUGUACAAGGCUCUGUUUCUGUGUUAAACUUGAUGGAAGUUGUUGCUGGAAGCAUUGAUUCUUCCAGCAUUGGAAAUGGCGCUUGUGAUUAUUUUCGGGCUCUCAGCCAGCAAUCUUUCCCAGGUCCAUUGGUUGGUGGGAGUGUUGGAAGUAAAGAGUUGCACAAAUGGAUAGAUGAGAGGAUUACGCACUGCGGAUCGCCUGACAUGGAUUAUAAGAAAGGCGAAAAGUUGAGACUCCUUCUGUCCUUGCUUAAAAUAGCCUGUCAACAUUAUGGAAAACUACGUUCUCCUUUUGGUACGGACAACAUACUAAAAGAAAAUGAUAAUCCUGGGUCAGCAGUUGCAAAGCUUUUUGCAUCUGCCAAAAUGAGUGGCAAGGAGUUCACUCAGUAUGGUGUGCUGAGCCACUGCCUGCAAAAUUUGCCUUCUGAAGCACAAAUGCGGGCAACGGCUUCUGAGGUACAGAAUCUUCUUGUCUCUGGCAAAAAGAAGGAGGCUUUGCAAUAUGCACAAGAAGGUCAGUUAUGGGGACCUGCUCUUGUUCUUGCUUCACAACUCGGUGAACAGUUCUAUGUGGAUACUGUGAAACAAAUGUCACUUCGUCAACUGGUUGCUGGGUCUCCUCUGCGCACAUUAUGCCUUCUAAUUGCUGGGCAACCAGCUGAAGUUUUCUCUUCUGACAGCUCAACAAGUGGGGACCCUAGUGCUUUUGAUAUGCCUCAGCAGCAUGUGCAGUUUGGAUCUAAUGGCAUGCUUGAAGAUUGGGAGGAGAAUCUGGCUGUAAUAACCGCAAACAGAACUAAAGAUGAUGAGCUUGUAAUUAUUCAUCUUGGUGAUUGCUUGUGGAAGGAAAGAAGUGAGAUUACUGCUGCACACAUCUGCUAUUUAAUUGCUGAAGCAAAUUUUGAGUCAUACUCAGAUAGUGCAAGGAUGUGUCUGAUAGGAGCAGAUCACUGGAAAUUUCCUCGAACUUAUGCUAGUCCAGAUGCUAUCCAGAGGACGGAGUUAUACGAAUAUUCAAAGGUGCUUGGAAACUCUCAAUUCAUUUUGCUUCCAUUUCAGCCAUAUAAGAUUAUAUAUGCAUGUAUGCUAGCUGAAGUGGGAAAGUUGUCAGACUCGUUGAAGUACUGCCAAGCAGUACUGAAAUCCUUAAAAACUGGCCGUGCACCAGAAGCUGAAACAUGGAAACAAUUGAUAUCAUCUCUUGAGGAGAGGAUUAGAGCCCACCAACAGGGUGGGUAUGCUGCAAAUCUGGCUCCUGCAAAAUUAGUGGGCAAAUUACUCAACUUUUUUGAUAGUACUGCUCAUAGAGUUGUUGGUGGUUUACCACCACCUGCUCCAUCAUCAUCACAAGGAACUGCUCAGGGAAAUGAACAAACUUUCCAAACUACUGCGCACAGAGUAUCCAAUAGCCAAUCAACAAUGGCCAUGUCAUCUUUAGUCCCGUCUGCUUCGAUGGAGUGGACAGCUGACAAUAAUAGAACGACAAAACCUAAUAGAAGCGCUUCAGAGCCAGACUUUGGUAGAACUCCCCGUCAGGGAAAAUCACCCGAUUCAGGGGCCACUUCUCGCUUUUCUCGUUUUGGUUUUGGCUCACAACUUUUGCAAAAGACGGUGGGGCUAGUCUUGAGACCUCGCCCUGGCAAACAGGCUAAAUUGGGGGAAAAGAACAAGUUCUAUUAUGAUGAAAACCUGAAAAGAUGGGUAGAGGAAGGUGCUGAACUUCCAGCUGAAGAAACUGCAUUACCACCACCUCCAACCACUACUGUUUUCCAGAAUGGUUCAACUGACUACAACUUGAAAUCUGCAUUGAAGACAGAAGUGUCACCUUCAAAUGAGGGUUCUGAUUUGAAAACUUCGAGUCCUGAACUGACUCCAGGGAUCCCACCAAUACCACCUAGCACAAAUCAAUUCUCUGCCCGUGGUCGCCUUGGUGUUCGAUCAAGGUAUGUUGACACCUUCAACCAAGGUGGUGGAAGCUCUGCAAACUUGUUUCAGACACCACCUGUUCCAUCUGUCAAACCUGCUGUCACUGCCAAUGCAAAGUUUUUUAUUCCUGCUCCAGCACCAUCAUCAAGUGAGCAGACAAUGGAAGCUAUAGCAGAAAAUAAUCAAGAAGAUAGUUCAGCUCUUGAAAAUCCGUCAACAUCUUCUAGGAAUGAUUGGGCAUACCUAUCCCCCAAAACACCAUCACCAAUGGCCAGGCAAAGGUUUCCAAGUAUGGGUAACAUCCCAAGCCCGGGAGCAAUGAUUAAUGGCAGUAACUCUCAUCAUACUCAUACGUCCCCUCAUUCACGGCGAACAGCUUCAUGGAGCGGUGGGAGUUAUGGUGAUUCAUUCUAUCCCACCACAAAAAUGAAUGAAGCUAAGCCUCUAGGGGAAGCUUUGGGAAUGCCACCAUCAACAUUUAUGCCAGAUGAUGCUUCUUUAAUGCACACUCCUGUGAAGAGUGGGAGUUUUGGAGAUCUUCAUGAGGUUGAACUUUGAGCAGAUAAUUUAAGUUGUAAAUAUCAAAUUUUGUUUAUGGUCAUCACAUGAGGUGAAGUUCAUGAAGAAGCAAAAGAUAUCUUACCCCCACACCCCUUGUUUUGCUUGCUUUAAAUGCAAAGGGAGUUGAUACAUGCCACCAUCUAAGGUUGAAGGGCAAGGAACUUGUGUCUUCUUCUAGCUAAGGAUAGACCAUGUAGGUGAGUAGUACCACUCAUUUGUUCAUUUUAUUAAACAGUAAAACACAAGAUGUCCCUCAAUGAAUAGAGGUGACAACAGAUCAAGGACAAAAGAAUAGUCUGUGGAUUUGUGAAAUGUAAGUUUUGCCCCCUUCUGUAAUUGUUUUAGUCAUGAAAUGGAAUUUAAUUUACAAA